AUGGCCUUGUUGACAUUGGUCCUUGGGCCUGCAAUUCUUUUAUUGAUAUAUCUUUUCAUUCAACAUGGUCUACGUCCGUCCAGGUCCAACAACAACUUCCCGCCAGGACCACCGCCUGUACCGUUUCUCGGAAACCUCCAUCAGAUACCACUGACCAAGCCCUUUCUCCAGUUUGCCGAAUGGAGCCGAACCUACGGUUCCCACGGCCUUGUCGGCCUGCAACUCGGCCCGAGCAAACAGGCCGUCGUCGUCAACUCUUGGAAGUCAGCUCGUGACCUCUUGGACCAACGCGGCGCAAUCUACUCGUCUCGGCCCUACGUGCCCAUCGUUGAGUAUGUGGUACCGCCGCCGGGCGACAUUCAUCUCGUCUUCAUGCCAUACGGGUCCAAGUGGCGCAAGGCAAGAAAGACCAUCACGGACUAUUUGAAGGAUGAAGAAGUCGACAAGCUGGUGGCUCUGCAAGACGCUGAAUCUUCCCAGAUGAUGCAUGAACUGCUGUCUGAACCCCGCAGCUAUCAUGAUCAUAUUUUGAGGUACUUUGGUUCUAUAAUUAUGUCGAGUGUCUUUGGCACCAGGGGAAAAGACUUUUCUGAUGAGGGGAGGAUCAAGCAGUUCUUUGCUUGUCAAAACGAGUGGGCAGGCAUGCUGGACCAAGGAGCCGUUCCGCCCUUUGACGUGUUCCCGUUCUUGCAGUACGUGCCGGACGUCAUGACGCCGUGGAAUGGCUGGCAGCAGAGGGCUGCUGCGUUGAAAAAGAUGCAGAAUGGGCUGUAUCACGACUUGUUUGAAGAAGCCAAGGCCCGCAUUCGACAGGGGAAGGGCGAGGACAGCUUUGUGUCCAGUCUUCUCCGAAACAACGAGAAGGAAGAAUACAGCGAUGUCGAGCUGGAAUACAUCGCUGGGUUUCUCAUGGAAGGCGGGUCUGAUACCACUGCCGGUGCUUUUGAAACCUUUGUUCUGGCUAUGGCUGCGUAUCCGGACAUUCAGAAACAGGCGCAGGCAGAGGUCGAUUCUGUCUUUGGAGACGACGGCGUGCGUUCCAAGAAGCUCAAUGGAGCUGUGAUGCCUUACCUCAAGGCCUGCUUCUUCGAGACUUUACGAUGGCGCCCCGGCUUCCCACUAGCUAUCCCUCAUGCCACCACUCAGGAUGACAUCUACGAAGGUUAUCAUAUCCCGGCCAAUACCACCAUCCUCAUGAAUGUUUGGGCUAUCAGUCACGAUCCGGAUGAGUACGACGACCCGGACUCAUUCAACCCCGAACGAUUCAUCGGCAGCACAUUCGGCGUCAAAGAAGCUGAUGGGAGCACCAAAGAGACCCUGGACCCGUCCCGAAGGCCCACGUACAGUUUUGGAGCUGGAAGAAGAGUUUGCGCGGGCCAGCGGAUGGCCGAGAACAGCAUGCUGAUGAUCAUGUCAAAGCUGCUUUGGUGCUUUGACGUCGUGCCAGGAGAUCGGAUGCCGGAUACCAAUGUUCAGACCGCUUUCAAGGAUGCAAUUCUGACAGGCCCAAAGCUCUUCGACGUUAGCUUCAGAGUGCGAAGUGAGAAACGGCGAAAGGUUUUGGUAGAUGAAUGGCGUAAGGCGGAUGCAUGGCUCCAGCGGUUCGAGUAA